UAUAUUAAAAUCGGUCAGAAAAAGAUGGAGCAAUCGAUUCACACCACUCUUUCAGACCUCAGGAGAGAACUACUCAAAAGUGUUGACGUUUUGGUACAAAAUGGUCUCAAAUCGGACGAGAGCUUAGAAUCGGGUGUUUCCGAGGCCUGUGUACUGAUCCGACUCUACUGUGCAUUACGUGGUGUCGCGAACAUGAAGUUCACUGAAGACGAGACCAACUCUAUUGUAGCGCUCAUUAUAUGUCAUCCGCCGCCCAAUCAAAUUGGCAUCAGAUUCGUGUCAUUGGGUCUCUCAAUGAUAUUAUCAACGCCUCUGUUGAUCACGAAUGCCGACAACGAGCAGAAGGCCAUCGAUUGGAUCAAAUGGUUGGUCAAAGAGGAGAGUUAUUUCGGUCGCAUGAGUGACGUGAAAUCGUCUUUUGGUGAAAUGUUACUUAACCAACGCGUCUCAACCAGAGUAGGUGCAAUCCGUAGUUUGAAGGGUAAGCAUGUCCAGAUAUUCACCGACCAGACAGUGACCGCACACGCCGUCAAAGUGCCCGUCACUCAGAACCUGAACAGCUCUGUCGCCGGCUUUCUUCCCGUUCACUGUAUCUAUCAAUUGCUUAAAAGCCGAGCCUUUACUAAACAUAAGGUUCCCAUAAAGGACUGGAUAUUCAAACAGAUCUGUAACGCGAGUCCAGCCAUUCAUCCCAUUUUUCUGCCACUAAUCGAAGUGUACGUCCACUCGAUUAUCCAUCCGAGUCCUAAACUCGCCUCAAACACCACUAACGAGCCCUUCGCCGAAGAGGACAUUCUUCGCAUUUUUAAAUUCAAAGUCUAUUCAGUGGAAGACAACGAAGACGACCAGCGAAUGGAUGUGGACAGAGAGGUGUCGUGCGAACUGACAUCACAGCUAUUAUUGCUGUAUUUCGUAUUACUCUACGAAGACAUACGUUUGUCCUCUCAUUCAAAGAACACUCAAUUCAUUGACAGAAAAGUAAUGAAAUAUUCGUCAGAAUUUUUGGCCCAAAUUCCGAUCUUCUUCUUAAUCCAAUCGGCGAGAAAUGAUCAGCAAAACUAUGGAGUAGUCAUCUCAUCGCUACUCAGACUCGUGUCACACCAUUACCCACACCUCUGUCUCGUCAAAGACUGGUUACCCUCUGAACCGUCGAAUCCAAGAGAAUUGAUGUCUAAAUCGCGAGAGAUUUCAACGCAAAACGAGAGACAAAUAUUUGCGAAUUCUUUUGACACCAAUUCUCCGUCACUUAUAAUCUCAGAAUUGGAUCGACUGUUAACUCUGCCGAAGAACCACUUGUGGCCGUUGGCGCCCGACUUUAUAUCGCGAUUGCCGUCAGUGUUGUUGCCGUCGACGCCCCGACAGGUGCGGCAAAAAGUCAAAAUUGUUUGGUUUGCGUUGAACUCGAUUUUCCCCCGAAAACUAUGGGUUAUGACAAUCAAUGUGUUAAGACCUAAAUUGUUUGGUUUUAUGCCCAAAAGUCAACGCUUGACGUGGAGUGACAUCGUAUCGGAUCCGUUGCAUGUGUUGCGAUGCGAUGAACGCAUCUUCAGGAAUGCGGAACUCAUGGAAAUAACGUUACAUAUGUUGAGCGCAUUUCUGGCCGCUUCCCGAAUACAUCUGACACAUCAUAUGAUGGAAACGCCCUCCAAGUCUAUCGAAGAAGAGAAGGACAGGGAAGAGCUUCGAUCGGCGCUACUAACGGCUCAAGAGAGUGCCGCCAUUCAGAUCCUAUUGGAGUGUUGUGUCGACACAACUGAUGAGACGAAUGCCAAUUUGUUAACCAAUUUGAGAGAAGUUCAGGGAUUGAUUUGCAGUCAUUUGCAUCAAGUAUUCAUUAGUGAUCCAAAUAUAGCCAAAUUAGUCCACUUCCAGGGCUAUCCCAACCAACUUUUACCGCUUGUCGUCGCAGCCAUACCUUCGAUGCAUAUUUGUCUGGAUUUCAUUCCGGAACUGUUAGGACAACCGGAUCUCCAAAAACAAGCAUUUGCAAUGAAUUUAUGUUCAUAUUUAUGCAAACAAUACUCGAUUGCAAAGUCAUUCAGUGUCGCAAAGCUGUGUUUCAAUGUGUCGGUGACGUUGGUAUCGGUGCUGCCGAGUGACAAAAGGGCCACUUUCUUCACCGGUGUAUUGCCAGCACUCAUCCGAAUGUGCGCUCCAUUCCCGCCCCUAUGCGAGGAUGCGGUCAAACUGUUGGUGCAAUUGUCGCAAAUCAAUAUGUCGUGUUUGGCCGCCACUUCACCGCACUUUAUGUUUCCGGACGCCACUCUCAACCUCUACAACAAGACUGUCGAACGGCUCGAUUGGCAACAAUUGAAUCACUUCUUCUCCAAUCUUCCCGUCGAGGACUCGCUCUCUCUUAGCCUUCAAAAAGCCUUUUCGAUUUGUAACACUAAUAUCCUAUAA